CUAGUUUUAAAUAUAGAAUUUUGCAGAAGGGGGGAGGAAAAAGAGCCGAAAAGAGCCAGCUAUCUCAGUGGCUGAAAUGAAGUUCGCUACCUAAUUUCAACUCCUGUUCGGACUGAUUUUUUUUCGUUGGUGUUUUAUUUUUUUUGCUCUAUUCCUUUUACCCCCCUCCUCAACCAACCGGACAAAGGGCUAAUUUUUCAGAUUCCUAAAUUAUUUCUCAAUUUGAGCUGACAUAUGUAAAGUGUAUAAGAAGUCAUGUGAAAAUUGGCGGCAUCUUUUCCUUAUUUUAUGAUUCAGUUGUUGGUUAAAUGAAGUCAUAAACGAAGUAUAUUUAUUCAUUCAGACUUAGGUAUUUAUAAACACUUUCAUUGUUUAAAUUUUGCUUAAAGACUUUAAAUCAGCAAUGGACCAUUCACGCCGUAAAUACCAGAAAAUGUCUCAAAUAGCGCCAGCGAUUGGAAUCGAUCUUGGAACCACCUACUCAUGUGCGGCUGUAUUUCAAAAUGGAAAGGUGGAAAUUAUCGCCAAUGACAUGGGCCAUCGAAUCACACCUUCCUACGUUGCGUUCAAUGGCUCAGAACGACUGAUUGGAGAUGCGGCCAAGAAUCAGGCCGAAAUGAAUCCGAGUAACACAGUUUUUGAUGCGAAAAGACUCAUUGGGCGAAAAUUUUCCGAAGAAAUUGUUCAAAGGGACAUCAAAAUGUGGCCAUUCAAAGUGAAAGUGAAAAACGUCAGAGGCAAACCGAAGAUUGAAGUCCAAUACAAAGGGAAGCCGAGAAAGUUCCACGCGGAAGAAAUCAGUUCAAUGGUGCUGAUAAAGAUGAAAGGAAUCGCAGAAGAGUAUCUAGGAGCAGUUGUGAAGAAUGUAGUGAUCACAGUUCCAGCAUACUUCAACGAUGCGCAAAGAUCGGCCACGCAAGACGCGGCAACAAUUGCGGGGCUGAAUGUGCUUAGAAUCAUUAAUGAGCCAACAGCAGCAGCAUUAGCAUAUGGUCUGGAUAAGCAGCAGCCUUCUGUCGGAGGGAAACACGUGCUGAUUUUCGAUCUAGGCGGAGGAACGUUUGACGUCUCAGUUCUCCUAAUUGAAAAGGGGACCUUUGAAGUGAAAUCAACGGCAGGUGACACUCAUUUGGGAGGUGGCGAUUUUGAUAAUCGGUUGAUGAAACUCCUGAUUGAGGAGUUCAAGAAGAAACACAAGCAAGAUCUCUCACAGGACAACAGAGCUCUGAGACGACUGAGAUCUGCGGCUGAAAAUGCAAAGAGAACCUUGUCAUCGAGUUCCCAGGCGACAAUUGAGAUAGCCUCGUUGUAUCAAGGAAUCGAUUUUUGCAGUAAGAUCUCACGCGCUCGGUUUGAGGCCUCAUGUUUUGAUCUGUUUCGAAGUACACUGGAGCCUGUAACCAGGGCGCUAGAAGAUGCACAGCUGAGUAAAGGUGACAUACAUGAAGUUGUGCUUGUGGGAGGAUCUACAAGGAUUCCAAAGAUCAGGGCUCUCCUGAAAGAAUAUUUUAACGGGAAGCAGUUAAAUUGUUCAGUUAAUCCCGACGAAGCGGUGGCCUAUGGCGCGGCAGUCCAAGCAGCGAUGUUGACUAAUGUGAAAGACGACAACAUAAAUGACCUUUUUCUAGUAGAUGUUGUCCCGCUCUCACUUGGGAUCGAAAGUGCAGGAGGAGUCAUGUCAAAGCUGGUGGAGAGAAACACGAAAAUUUCAACAAGAGCGCAAAGAACAUUUUCAACAUAUGCGGACAACCAACCGGGUGUAACUAUUCGAGUUUUCGAAGGAGAACGGCCGAUGACGAAGGACAACAACCUUUUGGGCUCGUUCACGCUGGAAGGAAUCCAAUUGGCUCCUCGGGGUGUCUCGAAGAUCGAGGUAAUUUUCGAUGUCGACGUAAACUGUAUGCUGACAGUAACUGCCAAGGACACUAGCAGUGGUAUAGUUAAGUCAAUGAAAGUUACAAACGACCAGAAUCGUUUGAGUCAACAGGAAAUUGACAAGAUGGUUGCAGACGCGAUGAAUUUCAAAGCGGAAGAUGAUGCAUGUCGUGCAAGAAUUGCGGCAAGGAACACGCUUGAAAGCUAUAUCUUGACGGGCAAAUCAUCGAUGGAAGACAAAUCGGUGGCAGAUAAGUUGGAUCCGAAGGAAAAGACGAUGUUUUCAGAUCUUGUGAAGGAAACUGAGACUUGGCUAGAGAUGAAUCAAUCAGCCGAGAAAAUUGUUUAUGAGUGCAAGAUGAAACAAGUUCAGGACAGGGUGGCAUCUGUGAUGAGUAAAUUGUACAACCCUAGUUGCCAGCUGCCGAAUGGAGCAGGAGAUACUGGGAUAAGUAUGGAUGAAAUGAUAGGUCAUUAGUCGAAGUAGGAACCAUGAACGGGUUAAAUCAAAACUCGGACGGUCGGGAACUAACUGAAGUUACUUUUAUUUAAUAAUAUGACAUGACAUUGUUUAGUUUUUAAAAAAUCAUAAUUUUUACUGCAGUGAGUUUUUGCUGAGAGAAAAUUUAAACCAUUACAAUUUGGAUUCUUUUAAAUUGAGAA